UAUCUUUCGCGCCUUAUAUGGAAAGAUCAAACGACAUAUGUUGUAAGUGGCGAUCGUAUCAACGCUUAGUAAAGUAAAGUAGGGUGUGGUAAGAUGGGACAUGUUUUAUUCUCAUUAAUGUCCAAUUCCGUAGUAAUCAAAGCACAUUUACGGAACAAUAUAAUCAUACUCGCACGACUUUUAUAAUAGCGUUAUUAAUUGUUCAAAACACGAUAGGAAAAUAUUGGAAUUUUAUGCUAACGGUAUCCCAUCUUACCCCAAGGUACCAUGUGUUCGUAUUUUACACCUUAAAUAGGCAUACCAAUGAAAUCAAAAAUGGUGUAAAAGCGAAGUUCACUCUUUGUUGGUAUACGCGUUUGUUACAAAAAUAGGUUCCCGUUGCAUACAGUGUGCUCUUACCCACAAAGUUACAUGCGUGGUAACUUGUAAGCAGGCACGAGGUUUAGGAAACAGAACACCUGUGUUAUAACGACCCACAGAGAUAUAUCUCUGCGCAUAAGAACCAUACAAAUCAUCACUCGGUAACGAACAAUAGGCUGUACCAAAUCACAUCCACAAUAUCCGACACACAAUGAGACGUUAAACGGAAAUCGUACGUUGUGUAAGAAAUAUCACAGCGCACACCUUACCAAUAUACAUUAGUCUGGUUUUUAACCUAUUGCUAGAUAGACUGCGAAGAAAACUUGAAGAAAAAUAGAAGUUGAGUGUAUGCGAUGACUAGGCAAGGGCAGAUCUUAGCGAUCGCCGCCUUGGUGUUCAUCUUUUUCAAUCAUGUUAACGGAAGAGGACUUGAUCGUUCGAGAAGAUCCGCUGAUAAUUUGACCGAAGCCAUCGUAUUGACCAACGCUGAAAUAUCGUCUAUUGUCAGCUUGCACAACAACCUUCGUGAGCAACAAUCUGCUACAAACAUGAAACGACUGACCUGGGACGCGGACCUCGCAACAUUCGCACAAAAUCAUCUGAGUACAUGUCCUGACGGUCACUCAAGCGGAACGGCAGGCGGUUUUUCGAGUAUCGGUGAAAACAUCGGGACUUCCCGAACUUCAUCAACUACUUACGACCGCACCUUCAUUACUACGGUGACACAAUCCUGGUAUGAUGAGGUAAGAUUGUGUAAAGCUACUAGCAAGAACAAGCUAAAAUCAUCCAAUGUGUAAAGCUACUAGCAAGAACAAGCUAAAAUCAUCCAAUGUGUUGUAUAAAAUGGCGGUCGCGCGUAUUUUACAUCGGCGAUCCGAUUCCUUUUUGGCGGGAAUAAGCACCGCCAAUCCCCGCGUAUUUUGGUGCAAGUCCUACAAUUGGGAAUGCGCUGAAGACACCCAUGUUAUAACUCGACAGU